AUGAGCUCCAAAGACGCACCCCCUACUGCUGUAGUCCAUGCUGAAACGACUUUGCCAGACAGUACCGACUCUAGCGUUCGGUACGCUGCCUAUGCCAGUCGGUUGAGAACAAUCGCAAUGGCCUCCCACAGAUAUGUGGCGUAUACCUCAGAUAUUGGCGAAUCGUUUCGCCCAAUCUUUCCCCCCGCGAUGGUGAAAUACGGGUAUGGUAUUUCGUGGGCCUACAUAUUAGGGGACGUAUCGUACAUGUCCUGGAUGGCCAAGCUGAGAAAAGAGGGAAGAUACAGAACUGGAUUAAAACCAUGGGAUCCAACUCCUCCUGUCGACACUCAAUUGCUUGAAAGCGGCGAGCUGGCCAAGCUGCCAGACUGGAAAAUGGUAGGCCUUGAAAGAGCGAUUUUCCAGAGCGUUGCCUCCAUGGGGUUGCCAGCGUUCACAAUUCACAGCGCAGUAAAGUAUUCAGGCACUUGGUUCAACAAGCAAUUUCCUAAGAACGCCUUGUUAAGAACUUGGGGCCCUAUUGGGUUAGGAUUGAGUAUCGUACCUGCUUUGCCAUAUGUAUUUGAUAAACCAAUCGAGCAUUUGCUGGACCAGGUUUUCCAAAACCACCCAAAACAAGAGUGA